AGCUAGUUAGCUACAUCGCUCAUCUUGACCGGGAAGUUUGACGGCGACGAGCAAGGAUGAACGGCGCCUCUUCGACGCACGAUGCGUCGGCGCCUGCCAAGCGCUUCACACAGGCGUCUCCGUCGGCGGACAACGGCAGUGGAAGUGCUGCGGGUCCAUCGCGUCUCGCACCGUCUCAGGUCCCGUCGAGCAUCCUCAACGAUGCUGGGCUAAACGCCGCCAUCGACACUCUGCUGCCGAGCAACUAUAAUUUUGAGAUCCACAAGACGAUUCACCACGCCAGGCACUAUGGAAGCACUUGCGUAGCCUUGCAGAUGCCCGAGGGGUUGACGCUCUGGGCCACGGCCAUCUCGGACAUUGUCGAGCGAUUUACCGACGCAACGACAGUCAUCAUGGGCGACGUCACCUACGGGGCCUGCUGCGUCGAUGACUAUACCGCAAAAGCGCUUGGCUGCGACUUUCUCGUCCACUACGGCCACUCUUGCCUGGUUCCCGUUGAUCAGACGUCGAUCCGCACGCUGUACGUCUUUGUCGAGAUUGCCAUUGACCCGCUGCACCUCGUCUCGACUAUCCGAAGCAACUUUUCACAUCGCAGCGACGAAUUCCAAAAGAGCGUCAUCGAGUCUACAGAGAGGGGCACAGCAAGUGCGAAAGUCGACGUCGGGAUAGAGGGAGACACCGAAAAGAAACGAGGACCGACUCAUCUCGUUCUGGUUGGCACAGUCCAAUUCAUCAAUGCAUUGCAUGGGCUUCGGGACAAUCUCGAAUCGAGCCAGUCCUGGGAGCAGUACAUCGAGGCAGGCGAUCUGUCUCCGGCAGGACGUUUGAGGAUAAUGUCGUCAUCAGCCGAAGAGGCGUCGUCCUCGAACCCUCCCAGGUGGCACGAGGGGCCUUAUCGUAUUACCAUUCCCCAAGUCAAGCCUCUCUCUCCUGGCGAGAUUUUGGGCUGCACCUCUCCUAAGCUCCCUCAGGCAGCAGCCGACGAGGUUGAUGCCAUCGUCUACGUGGGGGAUGGCCGCUUCCAUCUCGAGAGCAUCAUGAUCUCCAACCCGCGCACGCCGGCAUUCCGGUACGACCCCUACGAGAAGCGUUUCGUGCGGGAAUGGUACGACCAUGGAAGGAUGAGGAGUGGCAGAGGAAAGGCAGUGAACACAGCGAGAGAUACUCUGCAGCUCGGUUCAGCUCCGAAGGAAGAGGAGAAGGAGGAGAAGGGAUGGGGCUUGGUUCUUGGCACGCUAGGUCGACAAGGAUCGACAAAGGUCCUCUCGCAUCUCCAGUCCAUGCUCGAGCCAACUGGUAUGCCACACAUUCCCAUUCUCCUCUCGGAGCUCUCGCCGCAGAAGCUGUCUCUCUUUGGGCCCUCGCUUGUUGCCUUUGUUCAGACUUCGUGUCCGCGCUUGUCGAUCGACUGGGGCGAUGCGUUCAAAGCUCCGCUACUCUCUCCGUAUGAGGCCGCCGUCGCGCUUGGACGAACAAACGGCUGGCGCACGGGCGACGGCGUCGGCCUGCAGGCAAAGGGCAGAGACGAGGAGGACUACCCGAUGGACUUUUAUGCGGACGACAGCAGGGGCCAGUGGACGCCGAGACACGGGCUGGGAAGGAAGAAGAAGGAGACGGGCAAGAUGAGUAAUCGAGACUUGAUCAAGGGCUUGAGAAAGAAGACAGCAGUCCCUCCUCCGCCCCCUCAACAGCAAGCACCCGCACUGUAGCAUAUCCAAUGUCGCAAACAUCAAUUUGCUUUUAUUUAUCAGCCGAGGUGUCAAUAGAGUCUCACAGGUG